UUUGCUUCAUUUCUCGUUGUUUUCUUCUCACUGUUAUAAACUAUGAUGAAAAUGGAAGGACUACCUCUUCAUAUUUGCGAUUCUCAGCCUUUCAAUAUACCCCCUGUAUACCCACUGCGCUUCCUCUUUUUUAUCUUCACAAUAUUCAUGUCAUGCCUCGCUCCUUCAUCUUCAGCUUGUCCACAAUCCUUCGAAUGCGGGAGUCAUUUAUUCGAAUAUCCCUUCGGAGCACAGAACAGCGGCUGUGGUGACCCUGCUCUUCAGCUUGACUGUGAUCAUAAAGUGAAUAUGCCAUUAAUUAACAUCAAUGGCUACCAAUACUAUCUGCUGGAACCUGUUGAACACCGGAAAGAUUUUCCUAUCAAUCCGAUGACAAUAGUUGAGAUAAAUAUGUGGGGAAAUUCAUGCAACCCGUCGAACAGUAACCAUACAACGGAAUUCUGGUCUAGCCCUCAGUUUCACAUUUACGAUGAAUACACGAAUUUAAGUCUAUGGGGAGAGUGCGCAGAAGAGAACGGGGAGUAUUUGUCCACUAUAGCGCAUUCUUUAGAGUGUAACAAGAGUUGGUACUAUUCUUCCAGUUCAGACUCGAAAUUGCCUGCAUUUUGUAAAUCAUUGGUGCUUCUACCUGUAAAAAAAAUUGACACAACUAAUCGACCGUCAGAUGAAGAUAUAAAGAAUGGGUUCAAAAUAAAAUGGAAUUUCAGCAAAGGUUGUGAGCAUUGCGAGUCAAAGAAAGCGCUUUGCAUUUAUGACAGCAGUAAUCCGACGCAAUUGAGAUGCGAAUUGGGGAGCCCUGACCAUCCAGGUGGUUCUAAUACUGCUAAUAAGACUGCUAUUGCGCUAGGCGGCUCCGUUGGAGGCGUGGCGCUGAUGGCAGCAGUAGCGGUGCUUUGUAUUUUGUAUAUGAGGAGAAGAAAACAGCCUCAUACCCGCCAGCGAAGCGAGAUGGAAGCAGCUCAAAAGAUUGGCAGUUUGUCCAUAUUUCCCUAUCAAGAACUUCAGCAGGCGACAAAUUUCUUCGACGAGAAGAACGAACUUGGAGUUGGAGGGUUUGGCGCGGUAUACCUGGGUAAACUUGCGGACGGACGAGCUGUAGCAGUGAGGAGGCUUCAUCAGAAAAGCUCCGGAACAGGUGAACAAUUUAUGAACGAAGUACAAAUAUUGUCAUCUCUGUGCCAUCCAAACCUUGUUCGUCUCUAUGGCUGUACGCCCCCGCAGAGUCCAAUAACACUGCUUGUUUACGAAUUCGUGCCAAAUGGGACCUUGUCUGAUCACAUUCAUGAUAGCCAAAGAACCCCCACAGGUUUGCCUUGGUUAGCUCGUUUAAAUAUUGCCAUAGAAACUGCUGAGGCCUUGGCGUAUCUCCACAACAUCAAUCCGCCCAUAUUUCACGGACAUGUUAAGUCCAGUCACAUUUUUCUCGACGAAAAUUUCAGAGCAAAAGUUUCAGAUUUUGGGUUUUCCAGAUUGGUGCCCGUGAAUUUCUUACACGCUACACUUGCUCCGCACGGUACGCCCGGGUAUGUUGACCCAGAGUACCAUCAAUGCUUUCAGCUCACUGACAAGUCUGAUGUCUACAGCUUGGGAGUUGUUUUGAUGGAGAUCAUCUCUGCCAAAGUAGCGGUGGAUAAUAAGCGAAAUAGAAAUGAAAUCAGCCUUGCUAAUAUGGCCAAGGAUAAGAUCAGAAGAGGUGUUUUGGAUGAAUUGGUCGAUCCAGGUUUGAAGUUUGAAAGAAAUCAGGAGGUGAAGGUCACGGUUGCUGCAGUUGCCGAAUUGGCCUUUGAAUGCCUUGCAAUAGAAACGGACUCGAGACCAAUCAUGAAAGAAGUUGUUGCUCGUCUCAAAGAAAUCAAGGAGAUGCUGCCAAGUUCAUAAGCAUCACGCCAACAUCUUCUCUAACUUCGCUGCCGGAAAACUGGCAUCGGAUUAGACUGAAUAUAUGUCAACAGUUAAACCCAACAUAUAACUCUUGUAAUGGUGAAAAUUCCAUGCUCUGCAUUUUUUCAAUUCUUUGGGGAA